AGUCGAAGGCCGAGCGCUGUGCGUGACGGACGUCUAUAUAGAUUUUUAUUUAAAUUAAAAACGUGAUAAUGCUGUUACCUAUAUUCCACUUUUCCGCUAUGGCGGUUGAUAUGUAUGUUUUGUGGUACGAUCAGACGUAUGUGGAAUUACCGUUUAAUAAUCCUCUGGUGAAAGCACUACCGUUAAAGUCACGGUGCAUGUUCCUAACUAUAUGGUGUCUUAUACUUCAAAUAACGUACCACAUGGUCGCCUUCCUAAACGAUGUCUUCGGAACCAACGCUGCAGCACCAAAGAAGAAGCCUAUAAUACGACUAAUUAAAGAUGUACUAUUUAGCGUAGCUUUCCCCGUGGCUGUGUACGUUUCUAGUGCAUUUUGGGGAAUUUACGCUAUUGAUAAAGACUUGAUAUACCCAGAAUAUAUCGCUAAAUUAUACCCAGAAUGGGUCAACCAUAUUUUACAUACGACUGUAGCUAUUUUCAUGUUUAUUGAACUUCUAAUCACUAACAGAAAUUAUCCAUCUAGAAAAGUAGGGUUAUCUGCCAUGUCCACCUUUAUUGUUUUAUAUAUUUCAUGGUACUUGACUGUGUAUUUUAUGACUGGUACAUGGGCUUAUCCUCUUUUCGAUGAGUUAAACUGGCCAUUAAGAAUAGUGUUCCUUCUGUUUAGUUAUUUAGUAGUUGUCGCGAUAUAUAUUGUCGCUGAAAAACUAAAUUAUAUUGCAGCCGGUUCUAAACCUGAGAAGAACUUAAGUGGUAAACAUAAAAAACGUUGAUUAACAUGAGUUGCAUUUUGUUUUCUAAAAUGUAUCAUGUUUUCACGUUUAUGAAGAAUCUAAUAAGUUAUUUUAUAAAAAUAAAUGUUGAAUUUUUUUCA